AUGAGAGGUAGCUACUGCUAUAUGCUUCUCUCCUUGGUUUUUCUGGGCUCACUGAAAGACAUUAUUCAGUUAUGUGGUGCUGAUCCCACUGAUGGCUUCAUCGAUGUUCCGUUGACGGAAUAUAAUUUCGAAUUACAGAAACCGUAUGACGUACCACUGGAGAAGCGCUAUAGUAGUGUCAAUGGAGUAAGGCGUUUGUGGGUCUAUGCUGAUGACAAGCCCCAUAACCCUAGUAGCCAAACCCAGCCACGUACUGAAGUUCGCAUACGGGGUCUUGACUAUUCAUCUGGAAUAUGGCAAUUUGAAGGGUAUGGAUUUGUACCAAAUGGAACCUCCGGUGCUACGGUAGCACAGAUACAUGGAGCAGCUCAUGGUGCUACCACAAUAAUCCUAAGAAUCUAUAACGGCGACAUGAGGUAUUAUAGUCGAGAUUUAGUGGCUACAAAUCUUUACGAUAAGUGGUUCAGACUUAACAUAAUUCACGACGUUGACGGAGGCACGGUGACUGUUUUCAUCGACGGAGUCCAGAAAUUUCAGGUGAAGGAUAAAGGGCCAGGAGACUUGUACUUCAAAUGUGGAGUUUAUGCUGCACCGGCUAACAUAAGCUACUACAUGGAAUCACGUUGGAAAGACAUCAAAAUAUAUAAAAAGUGAUGAUGAUUAUAUAUUCUGCGAUGGACAAAUUUUAUGUAUGUUUGUGUUCGA